AUGUUAUCGGAGGCGUACAGAUUGUUGCUAAGAUCAUAUUCAUUGAGUGUAGCUAUAACUAGAGAUGGGCUGAGGAAUGAGCUUCAGCAUGAGGAUGUGCAUGAUAUAAUGAUAGAUUCCUCUAUUUCUCAAUCCCAUCAUGUUGACUUGGAAAGAGAGUUGGCACCUUGGGUCCCUAAUGAUGAUAAUCUAGAAUGCCCUGAAUUGGACAAUACCUUUGAUCGCCAUUGGAACAGGUUCCAAGGUAUGAAUGAAAUAUCUGCUUCUGGUCGUGCCCAUAUUGGUAUAAAAAGAAUGGGUGAGCUUGAUGGACAGAUAGGGGACCUUGACUUGACUGUAUUGUGGGAAAUGGCAGAAGAUUCACCUAGAAUGGGUGUAUUACAACAAGAUGGAAUGAAUUUGAGCAUGAACAUUGCAAAUCAUGAACCUAAAAACUCGAUACAGCAAAUCAUGCAUGUAAAGUAA